GCUAGAGGCUAUAAAGGAUUGAUCGGUGUCCACACACGUAGUAAAAGUUAUCGUCUCCCCUCACUCAACACACAUCAGGAAAUUAAUAAAUUUACAGAAGCUAGCUAGGUUGAAGAAAAGUAGUUGUGAUGAUUAAUUAAUUUCUACAAGGCCGGAUUAUAAUCAUGCUGCCUUCUUCUUUAUCCUCGACGCUCAGUGCUGCUGCUUCUACAGAUGUCUUCGACAUUGGAAGGCACAGCACAGUGCUUCUGAAGAUCGAGCCUGCUGAUGAGACUUGCUCCUUUUUAAAGAAGAAGUCAUCCUCAUCCUCAUCCUCAUCCUCGUCCUCAUCUUCUUCUUCUGGUAAUGACAGUACUGAUCAUCCGCCCCCAAAGCCGCUGUUGAUUGCUGCCCCCUCUGACGAUGGAGAAUUCCCAGUGUUGCUGUUCCUCCAUGGUUACCUCUUCUACAACUCCUUUUACUCCCAGCUUCUCCAACACAUCGCUUCCCAUGGCUUUAUUGUCGUUGCUCCUCAGUUAUAUGUUGUGGCUGGAGCGGACGCAACUGGGGAAACAAACUCUGCUGCUGAAAUUGCAAAUUGGUUACCUCAAGGCCUCCAAGACUUUCUCCCUGCCCAUGUCCUCGCCAACCUGAAGAAGCUAGGACUCGCCGGCCACAGUCGCGGCGGCAAGGUCGCGUUCGCGCUAGCCUUGAAUAAAGUAGCCACCUCCACCACCACCUUAAAAUUUUCAGCCUUGAUUGGUAUAGACCCAGUUGAUGGAAUGGACAAAGGGAAACAAACUCGGCCUCCCGUCCUCACCUAUGUUCCCCAGUCCUUCGAUCUCAGUAUGGCGGUGCUAGUGAUUGGUUCGGGCCUCGGUGAGGUGAAAAGGAACCCUCUCUUCCCUGCCUGCGCCCCCAAGGGAGUUAACCAUGAAGACUUCUUUGAGGAGUGCAAAGAUCCUAGAGGCCAUUUUGUGGUGAAGGAUUAUGGUCAUGUAGACAUGUUGGAUGAUGACACUGAAGGAGUUAGGGGCAAGGCUUCGUAUUGUUUGUGCAAAAAUGGGAAAUCAAGGGAGCCCAUGAGGAGGUUUGUAGGGGGGGCUGUGGUUGCUUUCAUGAAAGCUUAUUUGCAUGGAGAGUUUGGGGACUUGGUGGCCAUUAGAGAGGGGAAGGUGAUGUUGCCUGUGGAGCUUCAAGAUGUUGAUUUUCUUGUGUGAAGCUAGGUUAAUUGAGCUUGUUUUUAGUUUGGAGCUAGGAUGUUUUUCGAUUGGGUUUGAAUGGGUUUAGACAUUGGAAUUUAGUUAAAUUCAAUUAGAAUCCAAAGUUAAUCUA